AUGGAUCAUUCAAAUCAUAAUGAUACAAACUGCAAUACAAAUAAUGUACGUAAUAACGUGGAUAAUUUUACACUGAAAACUUGUUUAAGACUAACAGAAGGACGUAAAGGUAUGUUGGAGAGGAAUGUUUCCAAACAUAACCGACUAAAAGCUGAGAUGAAAGAUAUGCAUAUAGAAUUGGAAGAUCUCCAGCAAACGACAGUUGACACAAUACAAUGUUAUGAUCAGUCAUAUAAUAAUGUCAAUCGAGACUUAGAAGCGAAAUCAUUGAAGUAUAAUGAAAUAUUGAAUACAAUAGAUGAAUUAGAACGAACUAACCAAGAAUUACAGUGCAGUAUACGAUCUAACACGGAUAAAGAAAUACAGAUAAUUGAAAAAAUCAAGAAAUUGGAAUGUUUCUGUGCAGAAACAUUAGAAGACAAUAAUAAACAUCAACAUAUAAUUCAUAACGAAAAGGAAACUGCAAAGUGUUUGAAACGGCAACUAUGUGACUUGGAGGACAUGAUAGUUUGUAAGACAGCGGAAGCAAACAAGUUGCGUUGCGUCUUGACCGACAAAGAGACGGCGUUGUGUUUUGAGAACAAAAAGCUAAUGGAGACGCAGCAGCAGAAUUGUACCAGCAAUCGAAUCGUCAAGGCACUGACGGCUGAGUGUCAGGACAGGGAAGUGGAACUGGUGGCGUUGAGAAAAGCGGCCCCGGAGCGACUGGCCCGGGCAGAAAAGUGCUCGGAUGUUGUUUGCCAGGAUCUGACCACCGUGAGUGCUAAAGCGGCCAAUUGGAAGAACAAAGUCGAACAAUCUAUAAAGAUGCUCGAUGAACAGAAAGUGUCCAGUGAAACAGAAAUGUGUUGUGCACGGUCCGUUCUAGGAGAAACCAUUAGAAAUCGUGACCAAUUGAUUGAGCAGCAGUGUAACACAUCAAGCCAACUCGAAGAAACAAUAGCCAACAACCGUCGGUUGGUGGCAGAUGUUAAAACUGUGGUCGACCGGAAAGCUGGACUAGUGACCGAAAUUGAACGGCUAGAACAGAAACUUGGCUGUGACCGACUCGCGCUGGUGAUACAGCGGACAAAGUGCGAUGCCGAUGCCGUUUUGCACGAGGACGAUAUGACAGUUAAGUGGCACACACUCGCUUCAAUCGAGAAUGAGGUGGUGGCACUGAGGCAGGCAUGCCAGGAUCGUGAUUCAGCGAUCAGUGAUGUCAAGCGAAAACUCGAUACCAAUUGUUCGAUCGGGUGA